UUGGAGGAGAGAGGCGCUGUCAGGUUUGGUUGGAGUGCAGGCGCUCUGGUGGCAGUAGCACUGUCAGCAGUGAGUGGCUACUUUCUCUCCCUCAGCCUCUGCUCACACAGCUCAACAUGGAGGUAUUUCCUAAAGUCAAAGCAGUCAUCGACUUGCGCAUCUUCAAGGACAGACAUGAGGCGUACAACAUUAUUCAUUCCAAUAAAGCACAGUGCAAGAUUGGUGCAAAUUGUUAUGAAGUCACAGGAUCAUUUCAAGAAAUUGAUGAGAUUCACACAAGAUUAUUGAAACUCAAAGCAGUUUCUUGCAGUGUAAAUCCUUCUGCAGCUCUGAGCGCUCCGAAUCACCAUGCAGAAUUAUGCAUCGACAAAAUAUACUUUGACUACAUUUCAGCCAUUUGCAGCAACCAGCUACGAAAUAUAGAGCAGGAAUGUAACGUUGCCAUUAAAAAGACAGAAAUAGCUGGAACAUGUAAGAUUGAAUUUCAUUCUGUAUCAAAAAGCAAAAUGAUGUCCAGUGCUGCAAAGGACAGAUUUAUAACUCUGUAUCAACGCGUCGCAACAAAUUUUGACUUAAAGACUAUAGAACUUCGUAAUUUUAGCAAAGAAACAACAGAGAAGGGGAUAAGGGCAUUCCUUCAAAAGGAAUACCCAAAAGUUGUGGUUGAAUUUAAGGGUCCAAAACUCACUUUAGCUGGAAGCCCCUCUGAAACAAAGAGAGCUGAGAUAGCCCUGCUUUCCAACAAGUGUCAGGGUAAUCGUUUGAAGUCAGCAACGAAUGCAGCAGCCUCUAACAUGGAUAUCACAGAUUCAAGCACAAAACCACUUUCAUCACCAAGUCACCACAAAACCAAAUCAAUUUCUGCUGCAGCGAGUAGCAAACUGGACUCAAAAGCUGAAGACAAAACCUGUCCAGUUUGCUUAGAUGAAAUCAAUGAGCGAGAGACCUUAAAAAAAUGUAAACAUUCAUUCUGCAGGGAAUGUAUAAAAGCGGCUUUUAGAGUCAAGUCGGCGUGUCCUAUAUGCGGAGAAGUGUAUGGCGAGUUAAUGGGUAAUCAACCUCAGGCUGGGACAAUGAAAUCCUAUACCACAGGCAUUCACCUUCCUGGCUAUGAAAAGUAUGACACCAUUGUGAUAAAUUAUGCCAUACCAGAUGGCAUACAACAGCCUGAGCAUCCUUCUCCUGGACAAAGAUAUACUGGCACAGGACGUAUUGCCUAUCUCCCAGAUACACUUGAGGGCAGAAAGGUUCACAAACUAUUGGAACGUGCCUUCAACCAAAGACUGGUCUUUACUAUUGGAACAUCCAGUACUACUGGGAGGAGCAAUGUCGUAACAUGGAAUGAUAUUCAUCACAAAACUAGUACAUCUGGAGGACCAUCAAUGUAUGGAUAUCCUGAUCCAACCUACCUGGAUCGCGUGCAAGACGAAUUGAAAGCCAAAGGAAUUCACUGAAAUACUCCAAAUAUGAACGCUCUUGAGCAACUUAAUAUGAUGAUUUGUUCUGGGAAUUAUUGUUGCUCAAUUUUCCAGGAUGCAGUUAAAUUAGAAAAUUUACUGCCUGAAUAUUGUAAAUUUGUAAAGUACUUAAAUGGAUAUAGUGUUUAUCACAAUACUGUUAUUCAUUUAUUUGUAUGAUUGUGUAGCAAAUAUUUAAAAACCUAAAAUGUCUGAAAUUCCACCGACGUCUCAAGGUGUCAGAUCAAUUUUGCCGUAAAAUUUAAGAUCGAGCGUGGUUUGUGGAAAAAUACUUGAAUUCAGUAUUCGUUCAGAAACCGUUUUUUCACAGUUCUUAAUAAGAAACUUGGAUUCCAAAUUGUGAUUGAAUUGAAUCAUACACAAGACAGAAUUGCAUCUAAAAUUGAUCUCAGACAUUCCGAUUCUUUGCAGGUGAGUGUUCAGGUCUACACACAGGCAAGGUUGUACAAUAAGUACUGAGAUUGAUGAGCACCAAAGAGGAAUAAAAUUACAUUAAACUAUCAAGCAAAA